AUGUCUGCAACUGGCCGUAUUGCUGCAUCGAUGUCUGCAACUGGCCGUAUUGCUGCAUCGAUGUCUGCAACUGGCCGUAUUGCUGCAUCGAUGUCUGCAACUGGCCGUAUUGCUGCAUCGAUGUCUGCAACUGGCCGUAUUGCUGCAUCGAUGUCUGCAACUGGCCGUAUUGCUGCAUCGAUGUCUGCAACUGGCCGUAUUGCUGCAUCGAUGUCUGCAACUGGCCGUAUUGCUGCAUCGAUGUCUGCAACUGGCCGUAUUGCUGCAUCGAUGUCUGCAACUGGCCGUAUUGCUGCAUUAAAGGCUGCAAUGGGUAUUGCUGCAUCGAUGUCUGCAACUGGCGUAUUGCUGCAUCGAUGUCUGCAACUGGCCGUAUUGCUGCAUCGAUGUCUGCAACUGGCCGUAUUGCUGCAUCGAUGUCUGCAACUGGCCGUAUUGCUGCAUCGAUGUCUGCAACUGGCCGUAUUGCUGCAUCGAUGUCUGCAACUGGCCGUAUUGCUGCAUCGAUGUCUGCAACUGGCCGUAUUGCUGCAUCGAUGUCUGCAACUGGCCGUAUUGCUGCAUCGAUGUCUGCAACUGGCCGUAUUGCUGCAUUAA